CACCGCCAGGAACCCGCAGCACAAGCCAUCCACACAUUAACUAUUGCAACUUCUCAUUCAAAUCUUCUUCUUCUUCUUCCUCCGCUAGUCUUAGGAAGGGUUCCAUAAUAAUAUGAAGACACUAUCUCUCGCACCUCUCUGCGGGUCCGCCGUGACCAAUGCUUCGCGAUUAGGUCUUCGAUCAUCCUCUCCAUCUCUAGCUACACGAUGUUUCUCGAGUUCCACUACACGAUCCUACGACGCCGGCAGAAAUCCGUCAUGGCCGCCCCCGCCGCCGCCCGCUUCACGAGUAUACCCGCGAGGUUGGACACCGACACCAUUUGUGACUGAGACAGUGGGAGGUGGCUGGCACACAUACGACAUUUUCUCCAGAUUACUCAAGGAACGAAUAGUAUCUCUCAACGGCCCUGUCGACGAGACUCUUUCAGCAUCCAUAGUCGCCCAACUACUCUUUCUCGAGGCAGAUAACCCCGAGAAACCCAUCCACUUAUACAUUAACACUCCCGGGGGCUCAGUCACAGCAGGUCUCGCCAUAUACGACACCAUGUCAUACAUAUCCUCGCCCGUGUCAACAAUCUGCGUCGGCCAAGCCGCAUCCAUGGGCUCACUCCUGCUCUGCGGCGGUACACCAGGCAAACGAUUCUGCCUGCCACACAGCAGCAUCAUGGUGCACCAGCCAUCUGGCGGAUACUUUGGACAGGCAUCAGACAUUGCCAUUCACGCCAAGGAAAUCCUGCGGGUCCGGAACCAGUUGAAUAAGAUUUAUCAGAGACACUUGACCAAGCCGCAUACCCUGGACGAGAUUGAAAAAUUGAUGGAGCGAGAUUUCUUCAUGGGCGCGGACGAGGCGCUCGAAUUGGGCAUUGUUGAUAAGAUUUUGAAAAGGAGGGGCGAAGAGAAUGAGUGAUUGAUUCUCUCUUUUACUCAUCCCCUGUCCUUUUCUUUCUUUCUCAACCUCUUACCUUUGCCUCCAUUUCUGCCCUUCGGCAUUCUUAUUCUUCUUCCUCAAGUCCUACGGAUCUCUCUCGUCGUUUCUUAUCCUUAUACACCUUUGACUUUCUUUCUUUUCUGUCACAUCUCAUGUCAUCAUAUCUCACGCAUCACAUCUCACCUCAUUCCUGUUGGUAUUAGACCGAUACCUACAUGUAUACCUAGAAACGAACGACAUCACGCCUCUACUCUGUGUAUUUCAGUCCAAUGUGACAAAAUCUUCACUAUAUAGUCAUACCAUUCUACUCAAGAAACAAUUG